UAUGGUGGCACCCAGUGGAGCUAUGAGCGAUUCGGAGAGCAGCAGCAGUGGCAGCAGCGAUGCGGAGGAGCUGGCACGGUGUCGCGAGGCGGCGACGCCCGCCUGGGGCCAGGAACAGCGCCCGCGGGAAGCGGAGAAACCCGAUGCCGGCGCUGCAGACAAACAAGUGCCGGCCCCCCAGCCAAGCCGCAGGCGUGAGGUGAGCCAGCACGAGGAAGAUGGCAACGAGCUUCAGACCACUCCUGAGUUCCGAGCCCACGUGGCCAAGAAACUGGGAGCUCUGCUGGACAAGUCCAUCGCCAUCGCGGAGGUGUGGAAGAGGACACAACAACAGGUCAAUAUGCAGCGGGCGGCGGCAGCAAAGAUGGAGGAGGGCUUCCGCCUUUUCUUCACGUCCAUCCCCGGAAGCCAUGACAAAGAAGCUUCUCCAAAACCCUGCCGAAAGCGCCAGCCCCCCAGCUCUAGUGAGGACAGUGGCGAGGAAUGGCAGCGGUGCCAGGAGGCAGCUGUGUCGGCGUCAGACAUUCUCCAGGAGUCAGCCAUGCACUGUCCUGCCAAGGGCGAGGAGGAGCCCGAGAAGAAGAAGUUGAAAAAGAAAGUCAAGAAGAAGGUGGGCGCUGACCCCCCUGCGGCUACAGGCCUGGAACAGGUAAAGGAGGCAGGCAGCAUCAAUGGGGACCCAGUGUCGCUUGGGACCCAAAAGAAGAAAAAGAAGAAAAAGGCCAAGAAAGCCAGAGAGGCUUCCCUGUGUCCCCCAGCAGAGUGUGCAGUGGCUAAGCCUGAGAACUGACCCCAGGCUGUAGGUCCUGGGGCCGCCUGCUCUGAGGAUUGGGUGACCCCAGGCUGUAAGUCCCGUGGCUACUGCUCUGAAGAUCAGGUGCCCGUGGGCUUAGGGCAGAGCCAAGCCACACUCCCAGUUUCCAGCUUCCCACACUGACUGCCCAUGGUUGACUUUAGUUGGGCUUGCCGGAGAGUCCAGGCGAAGAAGUGGGUUUAUGGAGAGAGGCCUGUGUAAGGCUGGACUGGACUCGUGGAUCCAGAAUGUUCCCCAGUUUUGGAGACUUAACCUCAGCAUGCGUCUCCCUGACCUGUGCAGCUUCCCGUGACAUUGUUCUUGAGAAUGAUAGGGAGGGGUCUCAAAGCUACAGAGGUCCCCCAAAACGUUUAUACGUCUCCCCCAGCCCACACAUACUUAACAUUGUCUGGAAGAGAAGGAAAGGUCGCCCCCGCUUCCUCCUUUCCCCCGUGUGUCUAAAGCAUGCUAAUUGUUAACAACACAGGUAAGUCGGCUCACUGAAGUCAGGCGUCAGAGUGCCGAGCACCCACUUAGUGGAAGGGUGCAGACUUGGGUGCAAGGCCCCAAGAAAAAGGAAAAUAAAUUAUCAGUGGCCCAAGACAUA